CUGCCCGGGCGGCAGCAGCAACCGCCGCCGCCGCCGCCGCAGCGUGAGGCGGCUCCAGCGGCGCGAUGGCGGCCACGGCGGGCAGAUCACUGCCGCUCCUCCUCUGCCGCCGCCCCGCUGCCGCGCUGACGGCGGCCGGUUGCUUCCCGGCGCUGGGGCGGCGCCGCCAGCAGCAGCAGCGACACCGGACGGUGCAUCAAAGGCUUUCUCCUUGGCAGAGCGUGAGAGUGGUCUAUUGCAGUACCGUAGUGCCCUCUGAUGAGGUGACAGUGGUUUACCAGAAUGGGUUACCUGUGAUCUCUGUGAACCUUCCCUCCCGGCGCGAGCGCUGCCAGUUCACACUUAAGCCUAUCUCAGACUCUGUCGGCGUCUUCUUACAACAGCUGCAAGCAGAGGACCGAGGGAUUGAUCGGGUUGCAAUCUACUCCCCAGAGGGCACGCGCGUCGCCUCCUCCACAGGCAUAGAUCUGCUUCUGCUGGAUGACUUCAAACUGAUCAUCAAUGAUGUCACGUACCACGUCAGACCACCAAAGAGAGAGCUCUUAAGCCAUGAAAACGCCACGACGCUGAAUGAUGUCAAGACAUUGGUUCAGCAGUUGUACACUGCCUUGUGCAUUGAGGAGCACCAGCUGAACAAAGAGAAGGAGCUGAUAGGGAGACUAGAGGAACUGAGGGAGCAGCUAGCACCACUAGAAAAAGUAAGGAUGGAGCUCAGCAGGAAAGCAGAGAAGAGGACAACCUUGGUGUUGUGGGGAGGCCUGGCCUACAUGGCUACUCAGUUUGGGAUUCUGGCCCGCCUCACCUGGUGGGAAUAUUCUUGGGACAUUAUGGAGCCAGUCACCUAUUUCAUCACCUAUGGUAGUGCCAUGGCAAUGUAUGCUUAUUUCGUAAUGACUCGCCAGGAAUAUGUUUAUCCAGAUGCCAGAGACAGACAGUACUUGUUAUUUUUCCAUAAAGGAGCCAAAAAGACACGAUUUGACCUAGAGAAAUACAAUCAACUCAAGGAUGCAAUUGCUCAGGCAGAAUUGGACCUUAAGAGGCUUCGAGACCCGCUGCAGGUUCACCUGCCCAUCCAGCAAAUCGAUGACAAGGACUGAUCAGCAAAGAAGCUCUGAACCCCGGCAAAAAACCUGUUCAUAGCUCUUGCCUUUUUAAAUUAAAGCAUUGCAGGUGGAAGCUGGGAGGUGGUGUGGGGUGGAGGGUUUUCACCUUUAAUCAAGACAAAGGACUGUCGGGGGGGGAAAUCUCUUCAAUCCGAAGACGGGACAUCGUGGAAUGUUAGUGCUGAAAAGGGCUUGGCAAUUAGUCACGUUUCAGGAUUGUCUGGAUGAUGAUUGUGUACAAAUACAGGACUUGGGGGGAGGGGGGGGUGUGGAAAGAACGUGUUGCUGGGGUGUAGGGGUGUCUUCUUCCAGCUUUGCAGGGUCUGCCUCUUGAUAUGACACCAGCAGCCUGCUUAGCUUUUUAAGUUUUCCUUUUCCUGAUUCAGAUCUCUCUUUCUCUCUCAAAAUAAAAAGGAGACAAAAAAACCCAGUCCCAAGGCCCCAAAAGAGCAGUGAGCCCAAGGCAGCCGGAGCUAUGGCCGGUGAUCAGCACUCGCACUCCACCGCCAUUAACGCGCACACUCCUGAUCAGACCUGCUCUCUUUUAUAAAGUUACUACAAGACUGCUUUCUACUGGACAAAAACCGUGAGCUUCCCCUUCCCAGCCCCCCCACCUGCUCCACUGACUUUCCUCCUUCGCUUAUUUGUAGCACAGAGUGGUUGUAGCCAAGUGAGAGAAGGAAUGAGUUGUCUUCUGGACGUCUGAUCGUUGAGGGCUUGGAUUCUCCCGUAAUAAAUACAUAAAGCUCCACGUCCCGGUGCCCUUGAGCUCCUUCUGGAAAUCAACGGCAGCAUUGCAUGAGUGGGUUUUUUCCUUUCUAUAUUCAGUCUUGAGGGAGGGAGAUUUCCCUUCUUCCUACCCCCAAUCUGAUAGCCACCUGGACUCUGAAAUUACAAAGGCUUUUAAAGGCUCAUGGAACCGUGGCAGAAU